CCGCUGCCAAAUUCCGAAUAGGAAUUUGAAAACGAAGUGCCAUCUUUACGCGUAUUAAAAUAUGAUUCAAGCAAAUAUACCCAACAGAAUGUUUGCUACUAUUUUUAAGAAAAAAUGGCCUUAAAAAACUAUGUCACAACAAAUGGAGGGGUUAAUUAAAACACACCUAGGGGGAGUAUGCUGGCGCCAUCUGGCAAAAACUUAAAUGCUUCGCAGUUAACCUCAAGGCAUUAAGUCAUGUCAUUAAAGUAUAUAGCGUAAAGUUCUUGAAUUUAUUUGUAAAGGAUAUGGACGGAAAAAAACAAAUAUUGGUUAAUAGUGUCAUAAAUUUCCUACAUGGGGAAUUGAAAGCUAGCACCUUAAAUGAUGAAAAAAAGGAAUCUUUGGAGGUGGCUAUUCAGUGUUUAGAAACAGCAUUUGAAAUUGACGCAAAUAGCGUGGAAAAGGAUAAUGUUGAUCUUUUAUCACUCCUUAACACUGAAUCAAGAGCAGAAAUUACUGAAGAAGAUAAACUGAAAGCUGAAGAACAUAAAACAAAAGGCAACAAUGCAAUGAAAGACUUAGACUAUCAAGCAGCACUUAAUGAAUACACUAGGGCAAUUGAAUUAAACCCAUACAAUGCAGUUUACUAUUGCAACCGAGCUGCAGCUUACACCAGGCUAGAAAAGGAUUGGUUAGCUAUUAAGGACUCUAAUGAAGCAAUUAAGAUAGAUCCCACUUACGGCAAAGCUUAUGGAAGACUUGGAAUAGCAUAUUCCAAUUUAAAUAAAUAUGACUUAGCCCAAACAGCUUACCAAACUGCUCUUAAAUAUGACCCAAACAAUGUAAUGUAUGAAACAAAUCUGAAGCUAGCUCAGGAAAGGCUAAUGGCUAAUCAAGGUACAAGGUAUAAGCCAAAUUCUCAAUUAAGUGUGAUCACUAGGCAGAUUUUGUUUGUAGAUAAUGCGGCACCUGCACAACACAGACCAAUUGAUAUAUCUCAAUUUAUAAAUAACCCAAACAUUAUUAACAUGGCCACUCAAAUGCUAAAUGAUCCCAAUUUUGGCAAUAUCAUGUCUGGAUUGAUAUCAGCGGAUCAUUCAGGGGAAGUGAAUGUGGAGGCGUUAUUUGAGGCAGGCCAAACCCUUGCAAGCAGGAUGCAAUUGAAUGACUCUAAUUUUGUGGAGACUCUGAGAAGAAAUAUAGAUGCUCAAAGUGUUCCAAAUUCUAAUCAAAAUCCAGCCAAUGACUCAAAGGAUAAUUCGGCGCGCGACAAAAACACAGGAUCUUAAGCUAGUUCUAAAUCUAGUAAUUUCUUUUAAAUCAAACAUUUUAUUGCUUUUGGGGGUCCUCAUUGUUAUAUGAAAAUACCAUUAUAUUUGCAUCUCGUGUUGUACUAUCAUCGGAUUAUUCAGCAAUAAAGUAAAAGAAAUGUGUUUUAAUGCUUUAAAAAUGGGAAAGAUCGAGAAUAUGCAUUGUGCGAUAAAAUAGACCACUCUUUUUACAUAAAUUUUCAGUUGUUACCGCCAUCUAGUGUCUGAGGAACGUAAUAUGGUACUAGCACAUACACGGAAGGAUGGCGCUUUAAUGCAUUAAAAAAAUUUAAUCAUAAACUUUGGUUGCCAUCCUGUAUAAAUAUUGCUUUUAAAAUAAUUGGAUAGAAAAUUGCAUCGAUAUUCGAAGCUAAACGGCACGGAUAUAUUUUUGUAAUUUUGUUGUUUAUCCAUCGACUUAUUUCGUAAACCGUUUAUAAUUUUACCAAGAAAAAUAAAUAAAUAAUCAUAAGGGGA